GAGUUUCAUUUUUGUUUCCUCCCUCACCGUUCAUUCACUGAUUUUUUUGUUUGUUUUGUUUUUAUCUCUUAGUCCUCCCUUCUCCUAAUCUCCUCUUCCGCAGCAACGCCGCCGUGCUCUUCCUCAGCUCUUCCGGCGGAUAUGAUGAGCAUUGUCUCAAGUCAUCAUCACUGUCAACCAUCGAUUAUACACGAACCAUGCGGUAUAGGAACAAUACCUAAGGUUUCUUGUUCGAAAUCUUGCGUUCCGUGUUUCUCUGGAAGAUUUGCUUUCUCUCAUAGUCUCUGCUUGAAGAGUACUUGUGGGAAAACUGCUAGGAGAAGCUUUUCAAGAAUUUGCAGUGCUGUGGAUGAUGGGAUGACUCCAGAUAAUUCGAAUGACGAGGAGAAGGAAUCGCUCGAUGAUAAAAUUAAAAGGCAAGCAAAUGAUAUGAAUCGGGCAAAUCUUGAAAGAAUGGUUGGGUCGGAUGAUUCUGCAUUUAACGGCUUAGAUCUUGCGACACUCAUCAGACAGAAGUAUGGAAGAUCUUACGAUGUUCAACUCAUCAAGAAGGAGUUCAUGGGGAGGAAUCUUCUUGCAAUGAAUGUCAUGUGGAAGUACAGAGAACAGAGGUCUUUUCCUCUAACCGAAGAAGAAUAUAUACUGAGACUUGAUGAUGUAGCCAACAUGUUGAAAUGCUGGGGUGCAGUCUCACAUAUCCGUAACAGCCUAGCAAAGUCGAAGGAGCGACCUCGGAUAGGGAAGGCUGUCAGUAUUUUCAUAGACAUGGAUUCGACAGGGGGACGAGCAAACGAAUGGAUUUACAAGUAAGUUUACCUUCAUCAACUCGUUCUGAAGGCUCUUGGGUGGUGAUGGUGAUUUGAAACAAAGGUUUUUGAUAUAUUUGAUGUGCGAAAUCAAAUUAUGAUAUAUGUACAAUGUGUGUAUACAAUAGUUAGACACAAAUCUUUACAUGAACCAUCUCUUUGUAAAAUAUAAUGUUGAAAUCGAAUCAUCUUUGUGAAUCUUCCACUCUCUUUGUGAUUUGGAAA